UUUCAAGCGACGCCAGUUCGCAUUGCGCUUCUUUCUUUCAUCUAGGGAGAGAACUGGAAGAAACUUUUUUCAAAAUUUUCCCUUUGUUUUUUUUCCAAUCGAGCGUGACAAUCAAGACUUGUGUCCGUCCGGACCAUGUUGCAGUUUCCGGGGUUCAUGACGCAGUUCCCGGAGUCGACGAGGAUGAUUCCGUCGUCGUUUCUGUUGCCGUCUCAGUGGCCUCAGCCCCAGAACGAGGAGCUCUUGCUCGCCCUGGAGGAGUCCGAAUUAGAUGAAAAGUAUAACGAAAUCAGAAAGUUGGAUAGCAACAUUGUUGUGAUUGGGAAAAGUGCAGCUGAGAACGAUAAAGAUGCAGACGAGGAAGACGCCGAUGAUGAUGACCCGGACAAUGCUGAGGAGUCUGAAGGUGAUGAAUUUGAACAGGAAACUGUAGAGACACUGACGUGAUUUUGAAGGAAGGGAAGUGGGAAGUUGUAUCCUGGAUAUCAGUUGAGAUUGUUAUCUUCUCCUCUCUGAACUGGAGGGACUAGAAAUAUUAGCUGUGGCGGCAUCUACCAUCCAUUUCUUCUUGUCAUUUCUCCUCUCUCGGUUGCGCUAAGCCAGGUUAUGUCUUCUUCUACAUAUCUCGAUGAAGAAAUCUGGGCCUUUUCCGAUAUUCAUGUUAUUCUACUAUUGGUUCUGGUAGUCGGGUGAAGUCCAUAUGUUCUCAUUUGUUCGCAAAGUGAGAGCGCACAGAAUUUGAUAGCUUGAUUUGUAACUGGUCAAGUGACCCUCUCUCUCCUCGUGAUUGAAUGGAUGAAUCCCGUGCUGCUGCUA